AUGAGCGUCCUUGUACCCACCAAAUUUCCUAGCGUUGCUGCCAUCAUGCUUGCCUGCAUUGCAUCUUUCGUCUGUCUGUUGCUUGCACGCAUAUUGUAUUCCAUUAUGCGUCUCUGGUCUUGCCAUCCUCUAUCAACAGCGGCGGACGAGAAGACCCCUGCUUGGUCCUCUUUGUUGUCGCUAACCAACACUUGGAGUCGGUCUUUGCAGCGUGCUCUCCCAGCGUCACUACCCUUUUCGUUGACCAUCCCGGAGAAACCAUCACCUGAAGUUGGCACAGGGGCAGGCGUAGGACUUUCGCAUAAAGCUCUUGAAUCUCUCCCCGGCAACUGGCAAUUGUGUCGACCAGCUCCUCAAUUCCAGCCACCACCACCGGCUGUGUACCAAAAUCCUGCGCCUCUCUCCAUGGCAAAGCUGAUAAUGUCACGACACACUUUUCGCCGCCCCAAUCCAAACCGGCCACGGAGAUUAUCUACUGCAUCCUCAUCCCGUCCGCCACAGCCCACCUCCCAGCUGUUCCACUCCAUAGCAUAA